AUGUGUGUUGCAAAUCCUAUAAGAAAAUUGAUCAAAUGCGUUAUUCUUGAUUUGGAUGGCACCUUGCUGAACACAGAUGGCAUAGUUUGCAACGUUUUGAAGGUUUCGUUAGGUAAGUAUGGUAAAGAAUGGGAUGGAAGAGAAACCCUUAAAAUUGUGGGGAAGACGCCUUUUGAAGCUGCAGAAGCUGUUGUUCAAGAUUAUGGACUUCCUUGCUCGCCAAUCGAAUUUAUUUCCGAGAUUUCGCCGCUAUUCUCCCAUCAGUGGUGUAAUAUUAAAGCACUCCCUGGUGCCAAUCGGUUGAUUAAGCAUUUGAAGAGCAAUGGAGUUCCAAUGGUCUUAGCAUCAAACUCUCCACGGGAAAGCGUUGACGCCAAAAUAUCCUUUCACCACGGAUGGAAAGAUUCUUUCCAUGUCAUUAUUGGGGGAGACGAAGUUCGGACAGGGAAACCUUCCCCUGACAUAUUCUUUGAAGCUGCUAGGAGGUUACGCGUGGAGCCUUCCAGCUGUCUUGUGAUUGAAGACUCUCUACCUGGUGUUACUGCCGGUAAGACUGCUGAAAUGGAGGUGGUUGCUGUACCAUCACUCCCGAAACAGUCUCAUCUCUUUACUGCAGCAGAUGAGGUCAUAAAUUCCCUACUCGAUUUGCAACUUGAAAAGUGGGGUCUACCACCAUUUACCGAUUGGGUGGAUGGAACUUUGCCGGUAGAUCCUUGGUAUAUUGGUGGUCCUGUCAUCAAGGGAUUUGGUCGUGGGUCGAAAGUACUCGGGAUUCCUACAGCUAAUUUGUCGACAAAGGACUAUUCGGAUCUCCUUUCAGAGCAUCCUGCAGGAGUUUAUUUUGGUUGGGCUGGAUUAUCAGCAAGAGGUGUUUUUAAAAUGGUGAUGAGCAUUGGCUGGAACCCAUAUUUCAGCAACAAAGAAAAGACUAUAGAACCAUGGUUGCUUCAUGAAUUCACCGAGGAUUUCUAUGGGGAAGAACUGCGUCUGGUUAUAGUUGGUUACAUACGUCCUGAGGAAAAUUUUCCAUCCCUUGAAAGCUUGAUUGCUAAGAUUCAUGAAGAUCGCAUAGUUUCUGAGAGAGCUCUUGAUCUUCCUAUGUAUUCAAGUCAUAAGAAUGAUUCAUAUUUGAGAAGCUCAUAG